CAACUACCGCUGACGGCCGUAACAAGUAUUACGUGUGUCUAGACUGUAAUCAUGCCUUUUGGAAUGCACCCCUGGGGGCAGAAGAUCGACAGUUUACUGCGUUUGCGCCGCAUAGGGGCACAUUCGAAUACACUGUGAUUCCGUUUGGUGUUAAGAACUCACCUAUCCUGUUUCAGCAGGUGAUGGAUCGUGUCUUUGAAGCAACGUACACGUGCACGUUGACGUAUGCGCUAAUGAUUUGA